AUGCAGCCUGAUACUACAACAAGUACGCAGUGCAAUUCAUCUGUAACUAGUACAGGUGUACCUACAGUUCUUUUGCUUACAUGCAGUGUUUAUGCUACUCCAGUGGCUAUUCCCAACGCAAAUGUCCGGAAAGGUAUGCAGUCGCGAGGCUUAAAUCUCGCCGACACGUGUGAAAACAAGGCAAAAAUUGAGAUUUUGAUUGGAGGGGAUGUAUUUUGGCGGAUAAUAUAUGCAUCUCACGUUGAGAAAUUAAACAACACGGUGACCUGUGUUCCUACUAUUUUUGAGUUCGCAAUGCAGGGUACUCAAAGCGGAAGUAGUGGUCCUUGUUCAGCAAAUUUUUUAGGGUCUGUGUCAGAUGUUCAGGUGCUAUGGGAUUUGGAAACGUUGGGCAUCAGAAAUGAGACUGAAAUGAGUGUAACCGAUAGGGAAUUGUUAGACCAAUUUAAUAGGGACCUAGAAUUUAAAGAUGGAAGAUAUGAGGCCAAGUUGUUGUGGAGGAUUGAUCCCAGAGAAUUGGAGAACAACUUUAAUCUGGCCAAGAGGCGAUUCGACGAAUUGAAAAAGGGAGUCAAUAAAAAUGAAUGGAUAGCUAAUGCUUAUCGCGAAAUAAUUAGGGAUCAGGAAACUAAUGGAAUAAUUGAAGAAUGUGGUAGGGAUAGGAAUGAAUAUUUCACGCCUCAUAGAGCAGUGGUCAGAGCGGAUAAGGAAACAACUAAUGUUCACAUGGUUUUCAAUUGUGGCUCCAAAUCUGGACAAAACGUGUCACUUAACGAUUAUUUAGAGGCUGGUCCGAAUUUGAAUCCUAACAUUCUUGAGGUUAUAAUGAACUUUAGGAGAUUUAAGGUUGCAUUUCAUGGGGACAUAGAAAAGGCAUUUUUAAUGAUAGGAAUGGCUCCUGAAGAUCAUAAAUUUUUGAAAUUUCUUUGGAAUGGAGGUAGCGAUCACGAGGACUAUAGAAUUAUGCAGAUGACUAGAUUACCCUUCGGAUGCAAAACUUCUCCGUUUAUUUUGAGUGCAAUUAUUAAACAUCACAUUGCAAAAUUCGAAGCCGAAAGACCCGAUUCAGUGUCAAUGCUAAAUUCUGGUUUGUAUGUAGAUGAUUUGCAUUUUGGUGCGGAUAGUGUGAGGGAAGCGUUUACGUUAUCAUCAGAUGUUGUGACAAUUUUGAGAAGUGGUGGGUUUAAGUUGAGAAAAUUAAGGUUAAGUGACUUGAGAGCUUUGUGGGUCAAAAAUGGAUUUUGUGAGCGUAAAGAAGGCAUUGAGUUGAAAAUACAGGGGCUAAAUUGGAAUCCCGACAAAGAUGUUUUGUCGUUGGAAGUGAAAGGGUUGGUGGAUAGUUUAAGAGGUUUGGACAAUACCAAGCGUUGUGUUUUACAGACAGCAGCGAGAAUUUUCGAUCCUGUGGGAUUGAUUGCACCCUUUGUAGUGAGAAUUAAGUGUUUAUUACAAGAGAUCUGGGAAAGGGGUAUGGACUGGGUUGAUGAUUUACCAGAGGAUUUACGACUUAAGUGGAUUACAUGGUGUAACGAAAUUAGGACGUUGAAGGAAAUAGUUAUUCCUAGGAAUUGUUUACAGGAUUGUGGGAAAGGAUUGGCAGAAAUUCAUAUAUUUUGCGAUGCAUCGCUCAGGGCCUGCGGGGCAACAUCCUAUACAAGGCAUGUCGAUAACACUGGAAAACAUAGAGUGUCCUUUUUGAUGUCAAAAAAUAGAGUAGCUCCACUUAAAACAUUAACGUUACCUAGGUUGGAAUUGAUGGAUGCUGUGAUAGGGGUUAGACUUGCGAAAUUUCUAGAAGGCGUUUAUUAUAAAAUUGUUGGGAAAUUCAUAUUUUGGAUAGAUUCUCAGAUAGUGUUGUAUUGGAUUAGAGGAAAUGCCAAGAAGUGGAAGCAGUUUAUGGCGAAUCGUGUUGCAGAGAUGCAGGAAAAGUCGAAUCCGAAUGAUUGGUUUUACUGUCCAUCGGCAGAUAACCCAGCAGAUUUGCUCACUAGAGGAGUUUCUGUUGAAAAUUUGAUAUCCAGCCAAAAAUGGUGGUAUGGGCCUAACUGGUUGUUGCAGAAUUGUAAUUAUUGGCUUGAAAAAUCAGUCAAGCAAUCGCAGGAUGUGGGUAAUUCAGAAGUAUUGAGGGAGCAAAAAGCAGAUUCAGUUGUUUGUUUAGUGGUUAAGGUGGAGGUUAUCGAGGAGCUUUGGAAUAAAAUUUCAGCUUGGAGUAGAUUGCAAAAUGUAGUUGCUUGGUGUUUGAGAUUCGUGGGAAAUAGUAGAGGAAAUAGGGUUUCGACACCGUAUUUGGAAUGUUUGGAGUUGAAAGAGUCGCAUGAUAGGAUUAUACAUUUGGUUCAGAAGGUUGCAUUUUCGACCGAAAUUUCCGUACUAGAGAAAGGAAAUGUGUUGAGUGCAGGAGUUCAAUCAGUUCGUUCUGCAAUUAGACAGGUCUAUUGGAUUUUGGGAGCAAGAUCAUCCAUAAGAAAAAUUGUGAGAAACUGCGUCAUCUGUGCGCCAUUUCGUGUAGAAUUCUCGAAGCAAAUAAUGGCCGACUUGCCUGCGUCCCGUGUCACACCAGGUAGAGCGUUCCUGAGAGCCGGUACAGAUUUUUGUGGACCAUUUCUGAUCACUCCUGUCGUGGAAGAAGUGUGA